GUUGAAUUUAAAACAAGGUGCGGUAACUGUUUGACGGUGAAUACUGUUCUUAUUGUCUGCUAGUUUUAAAACAUUCUUCAUCAAUUAUGAUGGAGACAUGUUUAAAUGAUAAACCUGUCCGACAAGAGUUGAUCGUUGUCGAAGACUUGAAAAGAGAUCUUUCAGAAGAAUUUUCCAGACUUUCAGAAACUUCAGAUUCAUCACAGGUUAACAGUUCAGAUGACAAGGAGCGCCUGCAAGUUUAUCUUCGUGUUAGGCCUUUUACUACAACUGAAAUUGAGAAAUCUGAAUCACAGGAUUGUGUGGUAAUUGAAGACUUGAAAAAUGUAGUCCUGAAAGCUCCAAAAGGGUCAUUAACAUGCAGGCAAAGUGAAAAACUGCUCAGUCAGAUGGUUCAAAGAUUUCAGUUUUCACAAAUUUUCAGCCCUGAUGCAACACAAAAUGAAGUCUUUGAAGGAACUGUUAAACCUAUGGUUAAGGACUUGGUAGAUGGAGUUAAUUCUCUUGUCUUUACUUAUGGAGUGACAAGUGCAGGAAAAACAUACACUCUGUUAGGCCCAGAAAAUAAUGCAGGGAUCCUUCCAAGAUGUCUACAUGUUUUGUUUAACACUAUCAAAGACCGGUUAUAUGAGAAAAUGGAUCUCAAACCCCAAAGAUGUAGUGAAUACAUCAGACUUACAAAAGAGCAACGGGCACAAGAAAUUACCAAUAAAGGUUCAGUUUUUCGUCUAAUGAAGGAGAUCGACUCACAGAGCAGCCUGUUGAAUGUCAUAAACAAGUCAUCAAGAUCAGAGAGCAUUUCAAGUGUUUUAGGAGAUAAUCAACUAUAUAAUCCAGAACGGUUCAGUUUAAACGUUGGAAACCAAACAAAAUUUUCACUGUGGGUUUCUUUCUGUGAAAUAUAUAAUGAGAAUAUCUAUGAUUUGCUUGACCCAGUGUCAAAUGGUUCAUUAAGGAGAAAUUCUCUGCGGCUUGCACAAGAUGUUAAAGGCAACCCUUAUGUUAAAGAUCUUAAGUGGAUUCAAGUGUCUGAUGCAGAGGAAGCAUAUAAAAUUCUAAAACUGGGCAAAAAAAACCAAAGCAUUUCCUGCACGAAACUCAACAAUCUUUCCAAUAGAAGCCACAGCAUUUUCACCAUCCGAAUUUUACGCAUUGAAGAUUUUGGUGUUCCUCGUGUACAACAAGUUAGUGAGUUAUCUUUAUGUGAUCUUGCUGGGUCUGAAAGAUGUGCUAAAACUCAAAAUAAAGGAUGCCGUCUUAAGGAAGCUGGAAAUAUCAACACCUCCCUCUUGAUUCUGGGCAAAUGUAUAAAUGCUUUGAGGCAUAAUCAGAGGUCAAAGCUUCUACAACAUGUGCCCUUUCGAGAGAGCAAGCUAACUCAUUAUUUUCAGAGUUUUUUCUGUGGAAGAGGAAAAGCUUGCAUGAUUGUGAAUAUUAAUCAGUGUGCUACAAUGUAUGAUGAAACUCUUAAUGUACUAAAAUUUUCCUCAGUUGCUCAAAAGGUUGUGAUUCUUAAUGGGGUAAAACCUCCCCCAGUUGUUCCAGUUAGAUCAGCCAGAGAGGUUUCCUUCAUUAUUGACAAUGCUGAUAAAAAACAGUUUUGGAGAGCAAGAAGUAGCUCUUUAUUGGAUUGGAAGGUGACUCUGGAAGAUGUUUUGGAAAAUGAUGGGGCUGAAGAAGAGGAGGAUGAUAAGGAACUUGGAGAGACUGAGGAAAUGAUAGAUGAGGAGCAAGAGGUUGAAACUAUUCAAGAAGAUGAUACCAUUACUGUUACCAAAGAAUCAUAUGAGAAAAUGAUUGCUUAUGUUAGUGAAUUGCAAAAUAAGCUAAUUGAAGAGAAAAAAGAUCAUUUGCUGCUUGAAGCAAAAAUUCGAGAGGAGGUUGCCAAUGAGUUCUUGAAUUUAUAUGAACAAAGAGAGCAUGAUUUUAGUGAACUCCUUGAGAGGGAAAAAGAGAUUAUGGAAGACAGAGCAGAAAAACGAUUGCAAAUAUUAAAGGAAUUAGUCAAGCAUGGUGAAAAUAAAGAGGAAGAAAUAAGCAUUCCUUCCAAAAACGAACUGGAACCUACUGACGUAUUGGAUGGAUUGAUUGGAUCUUUGCAAGAUGAUGUGGCAUGUAUCAGAAAACAAGCAGAGGAUGCUCAAAAUCUCCUUGCAACUUCUGACUUGCAGGAUAAUGUUGCACACCUUCAAAACCAGCUUGUGAAGAUAUCUAAUGAAUUAACAAACACUCAAAAUCUCCUUCAAAUGAAAACAAAAGAAUUUGAUUUGUAUGUCAGCAGUCAAUCACAAGAGCUAAAUAAACAACUGGAAGAGUUAAAACAGGACAUUGGAUCAAAGAAUGAACAAGUGAAACAUUUAAUGGAAAUGUGCAAUAAGAAGGAUAAGCAAAUUAUUACUCUCCAAGAAAUGUUGGAUCAUUGGGAGGAGGCGGCCAGAAAUUCUGAAAAAUCAUUGGAAGCCGUUAAAGAAAAACUACAUAAAUUAAUGGCUCGGUGUCAAUGCGGGGUUGAAACUGACCAGGACCAUGAAAGUCAUCAUAAGUUGGGUGCUUGUAGCAGAAAGAGAGUUGGUGAAAAUACACAAGACCUUCAAGGACAGCCACCCUUAAAGAAAGGGGCAGAUAAUGAAGAAUGUAUUUGCAGCUGUCCGAAUAUUCAGAAAAACAGAACUGAAGAAUUAAAGAAAAUGUGUUUUGAAAAAGACACAGAGAUAGUAAACCUAAACAAACAUUUGGAACAGUUACAACAAGAGUUCAGUUUAUGUAGAGACAAUGUCCAGAAAGAGAAGAUGCUAAGCGAAGAGUUUAGUGAAAAAUACAGUAGAACCAAACAGGAUCUUUUGUUUUCUGACCAAACUAUAAAGGAAUUAAGCACUAAACUUGAGAACCAGGGUACUUGCUAUGAAUCUGCUUUGCAUGAUUUACAAAUACAGAAAGAUACAAAUAGGAAUUUGGAAGAUCAAAUUGAAAAUCUUCUAAAAAAUACGGAAAUGCUGAUGAAAACUAACUUGGAAAAUUCAUCACAGAUUAACAUCAUGCAAGAAAAAAUAAAUAAACUCUCUCAAAUUGAAGACUUUGCAAAGAAAACCACUGCAGAUUUGAAAAUUGCAACAGAAACUGUAGCAAAACUAGAACAGGAAUUAUGUGAAAAAUCUUGUAAUCUGGAUUCAUUUAAAAGCCUACUUGCCACCACUAAUAUGGAGCUGGAACAUGCAAGAAAAGUAAAAAACGAUAGUCAUUUUAAUGACAUAGUUGAAGCAAUGCGCAAAGAAUGUCAAGAGAUGGUUACAGAUGCUUCUGAAAAGGCUCAAAAAAUAACAGGACUGACAGAAGAAGUGGCCUUGUUGAACCAAAAGAUUGCCGAGCUUGAAGUCCACUCCAUUCAACUUAAACAGCAACAUGAGAAAGCUUUAAAAGAUAAAAUGGUUUCCAUCCAGCACCUGCAAGAGUCACUGGAAGAACAGAGCCGUAUUUCUGUGGAAUCUGAACGACUGCAAGUGUCACAACUUAGUAAAAUUAAUUUUGAGCUUAAGGAGAAAAUUGUUGUGUUUGAGCAGAGAAUAGAACAUUUACAAAAUCUUUUAAAACUCCAGAGUGAGAAAGAAACGAGCAUUGAAAGAAAACUUGCUGAACAGAAUUGUUUAGUAGAAAAUCUGAAGGAAAGUCUGAAGAAAGCAGAAGAUCAACUACAAAAUGAAGCUGCAAAGCAUUCUGUUAUAGAAACAAAGUGGAAAGAAGAUAUUUUGGAAUAUCAGAAAAACAUUCAGCUUAGUUCAGAAUUACUUGCAUCAAAGGCUUCCGAGUUUCAGGCAAAAGAACAAGAUUUAUUAAAAUUAAGAAGUGAAGUUAAUCAAUAUACUGCUCAAAUCCAGAAGCUUACAAUGGAUCUUAACAGAAAAGAGGAGGAUGUUUUGGAAUUUAAGGAGAAGAUUGCUGAUUCAAGGAAGCAAUUACAGGUUGUGCAGAAUGAGAUUUCUUCAAAGCGUGAAGAAUCGAACACCUUGAAACAAAAACUGUCUGAAUCGGAGCGUGUCAGAAAUCAGCUGAUCAGUGAUCUUGGCUCCAAAGAGAGAGCAAUUAUGCAGCUGAAAUAUGAUCAUGUUGCAAAUCAGAAGACUGAAGAAACUCUCCAGCGGUAUCAGACACUGUGCACUGAACUAAAAGCUAAAGAGAAAACAAUUCAAGAAAUGAGACAAGUAAUGUCUGAACAGGAAGAAACACAGCUAGAGCAAGACAAGGUCCUUGAAAGUAAAAUGACUGAAAUUGACAGCUUAACUGAAGAGCUAAUACACUGGAAGCAAAGCUGCACUUGCUUGGGUAAGGACUGUAACCAAAACUCUUUAAAAUCUGAAGAUAUAAUGUAUAAUGCUGCAGGAAUGAUACUUGACAAAGCUGAAUUAGCACAGCUUAAAGAAAAUUUGAAGAAAUCUGAAGAAAAAUUUCAAGUGGAAAAAAAGAAGUGGCUUGAAGAAAAACUUGUAUUGAUCAAACAAGCAAAAGAAGCAGAAGACAGGAGAAAUUAUGAGAUUAAAAGGUUUGUGGAGGACCGGGACCGCCAAACAAAACUGCAAACUGAAAUAGAAACACUUACGAAGCAGCUGGCUGAAAAGGAUGAUAACUUGCAAAAGUGGAGACAAGAACGAGAUGAACUGGUUGCUGCUCUUGACAUUCAACUUAGGAAUCUUAUGGCAAGCUGUGUUCAAAAGGACCAAGAGCUUGAAAAGCUGCAAAAAGCUGCCAGUGCCAUUCCACAUGAUAUUAAUCGGGAGACCUCUAAACUUGAUUGUAUGUUAGCUGAAAAAGAUCGAGAGGUAUCUCUGCUACGUGAACAAUUAGAUAAUUUCAAGAAUGUUGCAAUGGCACAGUCAAAAGCCACCAUUCCUGACUCCUCAAUUGCAAUGACAAUGGUGACAGACAAAUGCAUAAAAAACAGGCAAUCUGAGCUUGUCUUGGAGCAACAACAACAACAGGAGGGAAUAAAUCAUUGUCAGCUCAAUGAAGAAAGGACUGAUCUACCAAGGAAUUCCACACCUGUUUCUGAUGAUAAAGUAGAAAAUGAGGUUUUGCUUGCUAACUCGAUUUUAGACUCUUCUGAAGUAUCUACAGAAAAUGGCAGAACCAGCAGAUUUCCUAAGCCUGAACUUGAAAUAAGGUUUACACCUCUUCAGCCUAAUAAAAUGGCAGUUAAGAAGCAAGGCAGAGAUUCAUCUGUGACUUUGAAAAUAACCAGAACAGCAAAGAAAAGGAAGAGUAAUGCAAUGGAAAAGGAAUCAUCUAAUGCACAAAAAAUGUCAACUUUGAAGCAACAAGCAUCAAGCUCAAGUUUAGGUACCAAAAUAAAAAAGGAUGGAACACUACAAAGAAUAGGAGAUUUUAUUCAAAGUUCUCCUUCUUUAUUGCAAAAUAAAGCAAAGAAAAUUAUUGGAUCAUUAAGUUCUCCCAAAUCACUAGAGGCAGAUGCAGGAAAGCCAGCUGAGCACAAACCUAAAAGGUCAAGGAAAAAGUUGUACAAGAUGGAGAUUUCUUCUCCAAUGGUCUUUCCUCCUCAUCAUAUUGUUGAAAUUGAUCAGGAGGAGAAAGAAAGUGACCAUCUUAACAUAAAAAGAAGGCUGCGAACACGAACAGCAAAAAAGAGACAUAGUCCUUAAGUUAAAAAUAAUAUAGUUUUUGUAGUGUUCCUUUUAUCCCAUCAUGUUCAAAUGUCUGUAAAUUUCUUCUGUAAAUACGUAAAAUGAAAAUUACAUUAGAUAUGUAAUUUCUUUAAAUAAAAAAAUUUACAAUUCACUAUUGUUUUUGUUCUACUGCAUCCUGAAUUCAGGUGCUGCUGAUGUAAUUUGGUAACUUAAUCAGAAGUAAAGUUUCAAUUAUAAAGGCAAUGGUACUUGGAAAAGUCAAAACUAAACCUACUUGAUCGGUUCAUUUCUUAACCUGCCUUUAAUUACUUAGUUGUCUUCAAUUCUAAUAAUUGUCUUCUUCAGGAUCAACCUAUCAGACAUCUCUAAAUUACUGCUUCCUUGACCUAUCAUAGUUAUUCCUGUACCUUGUAAUCAUUCACUGAAAAGCAUUUUUAAUUAUUUGAGUUCACAUGCAUACUCUUAGCAUCACUCUUGUUGUGUGUAUAUUUGCCCUUUAUAAUCAUGGACUUAAUGUUUUCUUUAUACCCUUGCUUAACUGAAACUUAACAAAAUUAAGCAAG